AUUGGCAGAUUAACUGUUGCUCAUAAAUCAGCCAUUCGCGUGAUAAGAAGGAUAAAGUAUUUUGUGGCGAAGAGGAAGUUUCAGCAAGCAAGAAAGCCGUAUGACGUAAGAGACGUGAUAGAGCAGUAUUCUCAGGGCCAUCUAAACAUGAUGGUCCGAAUCAAGGAACUGCAGAGAAGGUUAGACCAAACUUUGGGUAAACCAGGAAUUAUGGUCGCCGAGGAAAAAGAUAGGCAAAAGUUGACCAUCAUCGCUAGGUUGUCCAGGGUCGAAAAUCAGGUUUCUUUUAUUAUCGCUCGGAUUUGUUUUUAG